AUGUUGCCGAUCUUGGACUUCAAGAAUAACAACCUCACAGCAUUUGACGGAAAUCAUCUUUCUGGCACUCUCCCUUCCACAAUUGGUCGAACUCUACCUAAUCUAGAAGGUCUAUAUAUGGCCACAAAUACUAUUGGUGGACCUAUACCAAACUCAUUAUCAAAUUGCUCCAAUCUUCAGUUUAUUGAACUUGCAGAAAACAAUGUCACAGGGCCUAUUCUCUACUCCUUGGGUGACCUUAGAUUACUUGAAGUUUUGGAUCUUGACCAGAACAAUUUGAUCAAUGAUCCUUCCUCUCUUGUUUUAAACUUCAUUGCCUCCUUGGCUAAUUGCAAAUCAUUGAUCUUGUCUGACAAUCCACUAGAUACUUUUUUCCCUGAUUCAGUGGGAAAUAUGUCUUCCUCACUAGAAGACAUAUAUGCUUCAAAUUGUAAAAUAAAGGGUACCAUUCCAAGUUGGAUUGGAAAUUUAAGCAGUUUAAAUACAUUAGCCCUUUCUGAUAAUCAGCUGACUAGGCCAUUGCCAGAUUCAGUUAAAAACUGGCAGAAUCUUCAACGUUUAUAUCUUGAGAAGAAUAAAAUUAGCAUUUCUCUGAAGCUCUUUUGUGGUUGCUCGAAAUUGGGGGUUCUAGAUCUUGAAGAAAAUCUUACUGUAGGGGGUGCGAUUCCAUAUUGCUUAGGAAAUAUUACUUCCAUGAGAUGUCUUUAUCUCAAUUCCACUGGAUUAAACUCUAGCUUACUGGUGAGUUUAUGGAAUCUCAAAGAUAUAUCGGAGCUCGACAUUUCUUCCAAUUCAUUAACUGGUUCUCUAUUGUUGGCCCGGUAUUCCCCUCAAUUGGGUCAAUAA